AGACGGCACAUUGAUUGGUCUGCUCAUUCUCCCAGACCAAGUUGACUAAUCUAUAAAUUCUAGCGGACGUACCAUGCGUCUUGCUAUCUCAACCACGAGAAUCCCCCAUUCAUUGAUUAACCGCUGAUUAUUGUAUAAUGGGGAUACCAUAUCUUGAAAAUCAAAUGCAGGAAGAUGGCCCUAGGGCCAUUUCCCCACCAUCAGCAGUGCGUGGUACAUUCCAGCGGCUGUGGGAGCUCAUUCCCGGGAUCCGCAGCAAGACUUCAACACCUAGUUCGACAAGUUGCUUCCUUCCCGAGACGACGUCAGAGAGGCGACAAGUGUCGGUUGCAAAACAGUCCCUCGAGAGAGAUGAACACCUUGCCGAACAUCUCCCUAAGAUCCCCAGCCAGUACGAUGACCAAAACGAACCAUGUGCUCCACAGAAAACCGUCCUAUACCUCGCCUACGGCUCAAACUUGGCCUCGAAGACCUUCCGGGGGAUGCGAGGUAUCAAACCCAUCUCUCAGAUCAAUGUCAUCGUGCCCGAGCUACGAUUGACUUUCGAUCUCCCUGGAUUACCAUACCUAGAGCCUUGUUUCGCAGCGAGCCAAUUCUGCGACACCUCAGGCAAACGAACGAAUACAGACAAUGGCACGCACAAUGGGUUGGAUGAGGAUAUAAUAUCAGAAAGCACAACGCUCAUCCCACAGAAAGAGCCCGAUUAUUUGCCCGACAGUCCUCUGAUUGGUGUCGUGUACGAGGUCUCCCUUACCGAUUACGCUCGCAUAAUAGCGACAGAAGGAGGCGGGAACGGAUAUAAGGAUAUCGUUGUAGACUGUUAUCCAUUCCCCAAGUCUUACGAUCCUGCCGACCCCAUCCCUGCCUGUCCAGAAACUAAGCCGUUCAAAGCACAUACCCUACUCGCCCCUGAAACGAACAUAGAUGAGUUGUCUCGGCGCGCCCAUACACAACGAACGAGCUCGUUUUACCCACGAUCUGGCCCCAUUGUACGAAAAUCAGGCUAUCCUCAGCCGUCUGCUCGCUACCUCAACUUGAUCAUGACAGGGGCUGUUGAGCAUAAUCUCCCUACCUCGUAUCGGGCGUAUCUUUCUCGGGUACAGACGUAUCGUAUCACGACUGUUCGUCAAAAAAUAGGCAAGGUGAUAUUCGUAGUAGCCUGGGGCCUGCCUAUGCUUUUGAUACUCAGUCUCUCAAGGGUGCUCGCCGGUGCGGAUGGUCGCAGUCCGCAGUGGCUGAUGAAGCUGUCGGACAUCAUGUUAACCACGAUGUGGGGUUCGUACGAUAAUAUAUUUUUCCCACUUUUCGGAGAUGGUGAAAGAACUAUAGAAAGAGAAGGGUGAUUGAAUUUUCAGCUCAUGUAUAGCCAAGACAAGUCGGUGGUAAAAAAAGAAAAAAACCAAUACAUUAAAUACAUUUUCAGAAACUCUUUUGCUAAGUACCUGCCCAUGGAACCGUUCAACUGUCUUUGAAGUGCAGUAAUGACAAAUGCCGAGGCAAUAUUGUCCCGCUUCGGACAAAAUGGUCUACCGCAUGAUGAAACAAAGUCCAUGUAUGGAAGUAGACAAAGGAAAUA